AUGGGCAUCAAGUCUCCGCAUCGCACGCCGUCAAAUAAGAAGACCACGGCGGCCACAACGCCGAACAUCUCCAAUGUUGUUCUCGGAAAUCUGCACAUCAAGCCAUGGUAUCCGUCCUUCUAUCCGGAAGAUCUGGUCGGUGGCAGGAGACCGGAGUGGCUCUAUGUGUGCCAAUGGUGUUUCAAGUACACGUCGGAGAUCAUGAAGUUUAGUGCACAUUGUAAAGUCUGCCCUUUGAAGUCUUCUCCUCCGCCUGGAGAGGUGAUCUAUGAGCACGACGAGUAUGUCAUUCACCGCGUUGACGGAGAGGAAAGCACGCUCUACUCUCAAAACCUCUCCCUCUUCGCCAAACUCUUUCUCGAGACGAAGUCGGUCUUCUUCGAUGCCAGCACCUUCCUCUACUACACCCUCGUCCUUCGAACUCCCUCCCAUCCAUACGGACAAGUCGCCGGAUUCUUCAGCAAAGAGAAGAUGAGCUGGGACAACAACAAUCUCGCAUGUAUCCUCGUCUUCCCGCCGUGGCAGAAGCGUGGACUAGGCCAGAUUCUCAUUGGAGCUUCAUACGUUCUUGGUCGACGAGAAGGACGAUUUGGCGGACCAGAAAGACCGUUGAGCGAGCUGGGACGGAAGGGAUACGUCGCGUACUGGUGUGCAGAAGUGGCGAGAUGGGUGCUGGCGCAGAAGCAAAAGAAGACGGUAUCAGUCAAGGAUAUCAGUGAUGGAACUUGGAUCAUAAGCGAGGAUGUCGUGGUUGCUUUGAAAGAGAUGGACGUCCUCGAGAAGAAGACGACAAAGGCUGGAAACGUGGUGAUCUGCAAGGCCAAGGUGAGAGAGUGGGUGGAGAAGAAUCGUGUGAAGCUAGAGCCUGUUGUCGACGUCGAUGCCUUCAUCAUGGAAGACGAGGAGAGUGAGAUGAGUGAGAUGAGCGAGUGA